AUGAAUUUCUUAUCCCUUAAUUUGAGAGGGUUGGGUGGGGAAGAGAAAGCGAGAUGGAUUAAAAGGUUAAAGGUUAAAUUCGGGAUUUCUUUUGCGGCCUUCCAAGAAUCAAAGUGUGGUUCUUUGGAUGAUAAGGUUAUCGCUAGACUCUGGGCUAGUAAGGAUUUUGGGGUGGAAUGGGUGGAUUCGAGUGGCUUGUCGGGUGGGUUGGUUAGUGUUUGGGACAAAAAGUUGUUCGAUUUCAGUAGCGCUACCAAGGACAGAAAUUUUCUGAUCGUUAAUGGUAAGAUUAAAGGGAGUGGUCUUCAAAUCAACAUCGCCAAUAUAUACGCUCCACAGGACGUUCAAGGUAAAAAGAUUCUUUGGGAUCGUCUUUUGGGUUUGAUCGACGCCUCCACGGGUCUGUGGAUUCUUCUUGGGGACUUUAACGCGGUCCUGAUCCCAGAGGAAAGACUCAACACUCGUUUCAAUUCUUCAUGUGCCGGUAACUUUAAUUCUUUCAUUUUUAAUGCCCGGUUAAUGGAGUACGUGAUGAAAGACAGGAAACUUACUAGAUGGGUAGAUAAUGGUAGGAAAUGUAGCAAAAUUGACCGUUUCCUUGUUUGCCCCGGUUUUUUUGGUUUGUGGCCGAACGCAUGCUUUAGAGCCUUGUCGAGACUUUUUUCAGAUCACAGUCCUAUUGUUUUGGUCACUAAGGAGUCUAAUUUUUGCCCGAAGCCUUUUAGAGUGUUCAACUCUUGGAUCGGUUGGCCGGGGUUUGAUCUGCCGGUUAGAGAAGCGGCCCAUUCUUUCGUAGGUUUCGGGCCUGCAGAUCUGUGUUUGUUGAAGAAAUUUGAGUGGAUCAGAUCUCGUGUGAAGGAAUGGAGGGACGAUAUGAUAAAGAAGGAAGAGGAGUGA